AUUCACUUUUUCUUUUAUUUCGAUACCAUUAACCCAUCGCUCCGAUGCAGACUACAAUGGAAGCUGCCGAACAAUCGAAGAAACCCUCCUCCGUCGAGUCUCAUGGUAACGCCGUCGAGAUUAGCCUCCAAACUGCCCUAAGCUCCGGAAACCUUGAGGCUUUCCGAAAAGCCGUAGUCAAUACGCUCGAGCGGCGUUUGUUCUACAAACCUUCUUUUGAGAUCUACAAAGGUGUCGCCGGACUAUACGAUCUCGGCGCUCCUGGCUUUCUUGUUGAACUCAAUAUUAUUAACUUUUGGCGCAAGUUUUUCGUACGUGAGGAGAACAUGGCGGAAGUUCGUUGUGCAAGCUUGACACCGGAGGCUGUUCUCAAGGCAUCUGGUCAUGUGGAUAAGUUCACUGAUCCUAUGGUUAAUGAUGUGAUAACUGGAGAAUGUCACCGUGCGGACCACUUGCUCAAGGAUUAUUGUGAAAAGAAACUGGAGAAAGACCACUCUGGUGAGGAAGCUGAUGAGUUGAAGAAUGUUCUUGCUGUUUUGGAAGAUCUUUCUAUUGAGGAUCUUGGUAGGAAAAUCAAAGAGUAUGGGAUCACUGCUCCGGUCACAAAGAAUCCACUUUCUGAUCUUUACCCGUUUAACUUGAUGUUUCAAACAUCCAUUGGCCCAGCUGGUUUGAUUCCUGGGUACAUGCGUCCCGAAACUGCUCAAGGCAUCUUUGUCAACUUUAAGGACUAUUAUUAUGACAAUGGAAAAAAACUUCCCUUAGCCGUGGCUCAAACUGGUCUAGUCUUUAGGAACGAGAUAUCUCCUCGUCAAGGGCUUCUUCGAACUCGUGAAUUCAUGCUAGCAGAAAUUGAGCACUUUGUUGAUCCUGACAAUAAGUCACAUCCUAAAUUCCCUGAUGUAUCCAAACUGGAAAUCCUUAUGUUCCCAAGGGAGGAACAAACGUCUGGCCAAGCUGCAAAAAAACUUGUCCUUGGUGAAGCUGUUUCCAAGGGUACUGUGAAUAGUGAAACUCUAGGAUACUUCAUUGGGAGAGUGUAUCUGUUCCUAACCCGUCUUGGCAUAGACAAGGAACGGUUGCGCUUCCGUCAGCAUCUAGCAAAUGAAAUGGCUCACUAUGCAGCAGAUUGUUGGGAUGCUGAAAUUGAAUGCUCAUAUAGGUGGAAAGAAUGUGUUGGGAUUGCAGAUAGGUCUGCAUACGACUUAUAUGCUCACUCUGAAAAAAGUCGAGUUGCUCUUGUCGCGGAAGUGAAACUACCAGAACCUAAAGAAGUAGAGAAAAUUGUUAUUACUCCUGAAAAGAGAGAAUUGGGUCUUGCAUUUAAGGGAGAUCAAAAGAAGGUUGUUGAAGCUUUGGAGGCGAUGAGUGAGCAAGAAGCUAUGGAGAUGAAGGCAGCCCUAGAAUCCAAAGGGGAAAUGGAGUUUGAAGUCUGCACCCUCGGGAGAAACGUGAGCAUCAAGAAGAACAUGGUGUCUAUCACAAAGAAGAUGACGAAAGAGCACGUGAGGGUUUUCACUCCGUCAGUUAUUGAACCAUCAUUUGGGAUUGGUCGGAUCAUGUACUGUCUGUACGAGCAUAAGUUCACCACAAGGCCAAGCAAGGCAGGGGAUGAACAGCUGAACGUGUACCGUUUUGAUCCUCUUUUAGCUCCUUACAAGUGCAUGGUUUUCCCGCUUGUUCAGAACCAACAGUUCGAGGAAGCAGCCAAGUUCAUUUCCAAGGAACUCAAGUCUUUUGACAUGUCACAUAAGAUUGACAUCACUGGUACAUCAAUAGGAAAGAGAUAUGCCAAAUCCGAUGAAUUUGGAGCGCCAUUUGCAAUAACUGUGGACUCAGAGACAUCAGUGACAAUCAGAGAAAGAGAUAGCAAAGACCAAGUCCGAGUCAGCUUGAAGGAGGCAGCUUCCGUCGUGAGCUCAGUCGUAGAGGGGAAGAUGACGUGGCAAGACGUCUGGGCAAGCUUCCCACACCACUCUUCUGCUGCUUCAGACGAGUGAGUAGCAAGCUCUUUAAAUCACCAUGGCCUAGCUAUAUGAUGGGUUCUUUCAUGUUGAAAUGUGAUAUUAUCUUCAAACAAUUAACCAUCCUUGCAGAUAUAUAUACUAAGGGCUAAUAGGAUGCUUUACCUUAAAUUUCGACUUUUCUAGCUUGAACAAGGUUUAAUUAGCUGAAUCCGGCCAUUUUAGUGUCUUUUUUUCUUUUAAGUGUCUGAUACUAGAUUAUUUAUUAAACAGAAUUGGGUAAGUAAACUACAGUAAAGUGUUUAUCAUUGUGUUA